AAUAGCUUUUUGCUUUAUUUGUCUUAAAUCAAAGAUGGAAGCAAAGAAGAUUUGCCAAGACAAAGCUGGAUGACACAAAGUUUAUAACAAUUUUACCAGCUUCUUUGUUGAUCAAGGUUACUAGUCAAUUAGAAGCAAGAGUUUUACUUGAUUGAUGAGCCCUGCUCUACAUAACAUGUUUCUGCCUGCUUGUUCAUCAUCAUCAUCGUCAUUGUCAUCGUCAUCACCAUUACCAUUAUUUUCCUCCUCUCAACAUUACGGAUGAAACGGAUGGCUGCUCGGUUUUGCAAACCUAAUAAUAUCCAUUUGUUGCUUACCUUAAACUCAACUUUUUGUUUCUAAGGUGUUAACUAUUAUUUCCACCUAAAUGAAAAGCGAGAAAUUGGAAGCUCGGUAAAAAGCAAGAAGACAGAGAAGAUGAAAUACAACCAAAUAUUAAAGGAAAGGAUGAUUAUCAUGGCGAUAAAGAAAAUACAGAAAUGGAUCAAUAGCGUGUUAUAAGCCUAAGGACAGGUGGAGAGGCUUCCAUGUCCUUGAGGUCAUCAUCAUCAUUUCCCUCACUCCCACUUUAAUCCUCAAAGCAAUUUUAUUUCAACUCACUAAUGUACCAUAGGGAGACUGGGAGUGAAAAUUUACUUUCAUCAACCCAAAAAAAAUGAAAAAGAGAGAGAGAUUAGGCCAAACUCCCUAAACUCCAAAUUUACCUUUAUCUCUACACUCUUUAUUCCUCUAGUUGGUCCAUCAACAUUGACCUGUCCAUUUCAAUCAACACAUUUCAUUAUUGUUUGGUUUCUUAGUUUGCCUCUUCUACCCAAUCUCCAUCCUCUUUCUCAUCAUCAUCAUCAUCUUCUUCUUCUUCUUGUUUUUAAUACAAACCUGAAAGUUCCCAAAUCGUGUAUUUCUAUUAUCGAUUUCUUUCUUCAUCUCUACCUUUCCAUUGAAAAAUUAUUUACCUGGUUUUAUCUUUACCUUACCUCUUCUCACUCUUACCCAAAUGUUUACCUCUUAUUUGCUCAAUAACGGUUUCUUUUGUUGUAAGUUUGCUUUUAUUAUCCGGCUGUUGUUCAUUAUUCAUCACAUUACAGUUAUAUACUUCAAUCAGCAACACUGAUUAAUUAAUACGGUACAACCAUCAUGAUAACAUUUCAUAACCCUGUUGGCUUGAAUCAUUAAACCUUGGACCUGAUUAUUCACCUGGACUCUCUACUUAUCUCUGUGGUCUUAAUCUUGCCUACUGUGUAUGGAUCAGUUUAAAGUCUCAAUAAUUGUGAUUAUAACUUUAUUUCCUUUCUAUUAUCGCCAUGUGACUUCAGGUCAUCAAAUUGAGCUUAUAUCUGCUACCUCGAUUUAUCCAUGCUUAGAUACUUAUGAUAUUCUGGUCAAUGUUGGUUCAGGCUUAACAGGACAUCCAUCAUCAUCAGCUAAUUUGUCAUCUUCUCAUGACCAAAUGAUUGAACUGAUCCGAGUUUACUCAACCAAUGAUCCAAGCUUACACCUUCGCCAAUACUAUUAUCUUAAAGAAUUCAAAGUUCCUUUCAACAGGUUGAUAAAGAUCAGCUGUACCUUCUUUAAUCCUGAAACCAAAUAUUAUUGCUUCUCAUAUGUUUCAAUGCACAAGAUAAACUCGUCAAUUGCUUUAUGGACUCAACCUGAAUGUAAAUUUACUCUGGAUAACCUUAAACCUUCUCAUGGUUCCUAUGAAUCUCACCAUAUCAAAGAUGUCUCGUCUAACGUAAGCCAAGCUUUCAACUCUGAGGUUAACAUCAAGACCAACAACAGUACAACUACAAAUGGACAAUAUCAAUUCGCAAUCCUCUCAAAUCAUGGACCUUCAUACAGAUUUACAUCAGCUGCUCAUGAAACAUCAAAUGAUUAUAAGAAAAGUGACCUUACCAAGAGACCAACUUCACUGACAAUUUCAUAUCUACCAUUGAAAUUGGUUAAAUGUCGCUGCAGCCAUUUAAUUGCAUAUCAUUUGCACAAACCCGAAUUAGGUACCAAUAUUACAGUGAACCAGUUAAAUCAUUCAUCAUCAUUUCUCUUGGAGAUAUUUCCUUGCUCCAAAUCUGAUACUCUGUGUAAUAAUUCAACUCAACCAUUGGUAAAAUCAAUUUUCCCGUCAGCUGAUUCUGAGCCAUUAUGCUUGGUUAACUUGACUCGAUCUCGGAUUAAAUUGUCUUUACAAAUUGUUAAAUCUCUUUCCUGUGAUACAAUAUCAUCAUCAGCACCAAGACAUGCUCAACCAUUUAAUCAACAAUCUCAAUUACCAAUAAUACGUGAUGGACUGUUUGCUAUUGAUCCUCAAUUAGAGGUGACAAGUGAAUCAACAAAUACUCACCAAUUAGAAUCAUCAUUUCUCAGAAUUGAAACUCCAACUAAUCGAUACUACCUAAUCCAUGUAACUCUGAUUGAUUCAACAGAUGUUGGCUCUGGAAAUUUUUUUACCUCUUUUAUCGCAUUCUUUAGCUCUUUUCAACUCAUCUGGCUUGCAUUGAUUGCUUUAACCAGUUUCAUAGUAAUUUCAAUUUUAAUCUUUCUCUGUAUAUACCUGAUAGUACCUAUUCAUCGUAAACUGAAAGUUCAAAUUCUUCUACUUGAUGAUUUAGCCAAUACAUCGACAUCUUUUGUUGAUGCCUCAUCAUUGGAACAGUUUGACUUCGAUGAAUCUGGUUCACUUGAAAUGGAUUACUAUGACUAUGAGAUGCAUUCAACCACCAAAGGCUCAACUGAAAAACUAUCCAAAUCAUCUGAUUCUGUGAUUAAAUAGUCAAAUUAAAUCAACUGUAUCAGUUAAUCUAGUCUAAGUUGACAGUUACUUUCAGUUACAUCUACUGGAAACAUUCUGCCAUUUUCAAUUUAAUUGUGCAUUUAAUUUCCUUUGAUUCACUAAACGAUCUUGACACUUUUUUUUCUCUAUCAAGGUUUUCCUGAUUUUAGUUCAACUUCAUCAAUCAAUGUAAAUACAAUCAAGUUAAUUUAACCUUGAUUAUAAUUAAUUUAAUGUAAACAUUUACCGAGUAAUUUAAUCUAGUUUCAUCAGAGACUCUGCUAUAAAAUAACCUUAAAUAUUUGUAAAGAUAAUGUUAUAAUUCCAUACGCAUGAGAGUAAUUUGAUUUUAAUUAUUAUAUAAAAUAUUUUGAAACAAAGUGAUAAACUGUGAUCAAGUGUGCUUUUAAAUGUACAUUUUAACAUUUAAAACACACCAAGAAGUACCAAUAAAUAAAAACUGAAUCAAACACCAA